UAGUAGCGUAAAGACAAGGUGAAUUAAAAGAAGGUGGACCCUCAAUAUUAAUUUAUCUCACCUGGUGCCAGCCAGGGAAUCAGAUGGGUUGGGUCAGGGAAGUCUGUAUCAGGCUCUUGUAAGCUUUAGAUUGUGUUGAUAGAGAAGAGAGGUGACCCUGUGUAUACCUGAUGUAGGAAACAUGCUGAGGGAUUUUUAUAAUAUUAUAAUGGGCUUUGUUGAAGAUGAAGUGAGUGAUAUCAAAAGAAAAGAAACAGCAUCCACAACUAUUGGUAGAAACCAUGACCACACUGGUAGCCAUGACAACAGUCUCCAUGACAAAGUGGACCUGCCAAACAAAGAAGAAAACUCUACAGCUGAUUCUCAGAUAAAGCCUAUUUUGUCAGAUGACAAAGAACCUGGAUCCACCACACAGAAUCCGUCUUUGAACAAAGAGAAUUCAGAGAAAAGGGAGGAGGUGACGUCAGUUGUGUUGCCAUGUAAACAGCCGUCCUGUGUGACCAAUAGUAGUGCUGAGGAGGACAAGAUUCAGGAGUACCUGAACCGCAGUGACACUGCAGUCAUCUACCCCGAGCCUGUCGGUGAUCACGAGGCCCAGGAGGCCGAGGCCAAUGUCCCAGAGACUGAGGAGGAAGAUGAGGAGAGUCGUGACAAUGAUGCUAUGUUGGAGGAGGACAUUGUUCUGAAGUGUAUGUACUGCAGUCAGUCCUACUCCAGGAUCCCAGUCCUCAGGGAGCACAUGAGGUCCGCCCACCCAGACAAGCCCGUCAGGUUCCAGUGUCCAAAGUGUGAGGAAUCCUUCAACCAGAAGUCCCACCUAGACAAGCAUCUGGCCCUCCACUCCCCGACCUCCCAGUCCUGUAAAGUCUGCAACAAGACCUUCGCCAACGUCUACCGGCUACAGCGACACAUGAUCAGCCAUGACGAGAGCACGGACCUCCGCAAGUUCAAGUGUCCAGAGUGUGGCAAGGCAUUCAAGUUCAAGCAUCACCUGAAGGAGCACAUCCGUAUACACAGUGGUGAGAAGCCGUUCGAGUGCCCAAACUGCCACAAGCGAUUCAGCCAUUCCGGAUCCUACAGUAGUCACAUGACCUCCAAGAAAUGCUGGGUAGCAGGACCAAAAGCGCACACCACCGAGAGGGUCAACCACAGUGAACCUACCGUCACCUAUUCCAAGCCGCUCAUCUCCAAGGGAGCCUUCACUCCGCCUGUCCACAUGCUGACCAAUAUGGCUCAAGGACCAUUUCCCAGAGUUCCGUACCUACAUUUCGAUCCAAAAGGAAGCAUGCCAUUCUUCACUCCUCCACCAGCCUUUGUACCAUACACGUAUUCCAUGAUUCGUCACAGCUCACCCAUCAAUCCAAUCAUCUCUCUCCAAGCCAAGGCAGAGGCCAUGUCUCGUCACAGCACAAGUCCAUCUCCCGUCAACUCAGCUCAGAUCUCUCCAGAUGUUAAUUCCAACACUCAGCUUCUUUCCAUGCACAAGUUCAAGGAUACCACAGCUGUCAAGAAAGAGCCAGAUUCCAAAGAAGAGCCUUCCGCUGAUUCCAAACGUGAACCCAAAGAUGAACCAAUGGAGGAAGAUAACUCGACUGAGGGAGCAGAGAAGAAAGUAACACCAGAAUCAGACGUCACCUCAGAUGUGAAGAUGGAAGAGAAAGAAGACGCUGAGAAAGAGAAGAUUCCCUGUCACUUCUGCAGUGAAGUCUUCAACAGUGCAGUUGAUCAGCACCAACAUGAGAGGUACCUAUGCAAGGCCAACAAGGAACUCCUACAGAGGGCAUCCUAUAGUGAUAGUUCCAGGAAUUCUCCAUGUAGCUCCAUCUCAGACAGCAGUCACCAGGAAACACCCAGCGGCAGCUUUAGUGCUCCAGAUACUGACCACGAGGAUGACUGCGACUCCAAGAAGUUCAGGAUGAGGACCCACAUCACAGAGGAACAGCUGGCAGUCCUGAAGGCCCACUACAAAGAGAAUCCAAGACCAAGGAAGUUUGAACUCAUCCGCAUCGGGAAGGAGAUCGGAAAGGAGAAGAGGGUUGUGCAAGUUUGGUUCCAAAACAUGCGAGCAAGAGAUAGACGACAAGGGAAGAAUGUGCCAUAUGUUCCCUCCAUGGCCCGCUUUAAGCACCUUGACGGCUCUAUGUGGAAGAAUCCAACAUCUACUCAGUCCAGCUACAUCCCUGUGGUUCCCAACACAACACGAGCUCACGGUAAAAAGCUAGACCUUCCCUCCACCAGCAAGUCCGGAGAACAGCCACUAGAUCUCAGUGUCCGCAGCAGAACACCCACUCCCGCUCAUGCUAGCAGUCCCAGCUCCUCCAACAGCUCCUCAAGUGUUCCUCACAAGUUCCCAUCCACCAACUUCAGCGGGAAGCCAGACAGCCCAACAGAGAAGAAAGAAGGCCGGCUCCAGAGUAGUGCUAUCUACAAGUAUCUGCAGCAGGAGGGAAUGAUUCCUCGACACUUCUUUGGAGGUUACCUACCACAUCCACCCACUUCGAUGUUCCAGCCUUUCCUACAGGCGCACAUGCUGGCCAACCAAGAAGCUGCCAUGAAUCAUCACUUCGAGCAUCGUUCCAAAUCUGCUGAACCAAUUCCAAAACCAGGCUUCACCGACAUCAACAGAAACAGUGCUACUCCAAUGGACUCUAAAUUCUACUUUGAGCAGAAUGGGGACAAGUCUGGUCGUCUGGUGAUUGACGAGAGUCAGGACGAGGAUUCGAACUGUUCCAGUGACAGCUGUAGUGACAGUGAGCAGUACCGCCACGCCACCCUGAACCUCGCCACCCUCGCGGAGGUCAGCCUGUCCCAGAGAGCCGCCCUGAUGGAGAGCUCCCUCAAGUCCAAACGCCUGCGGAAGAAGAGCUGGCGGCAGGUACACAGCUAUAUGGAGUCGGAGGAGGCCCAGAUGGACCUGGAUGACUCCCUGUUAGAUGAGGACCACCCCCUCAGGAAGAAGCGCCGGAGCUGGAAGGGCCACAAGAUCGACGCCGAGGAGGGGAUGUACGCCUGUGACCAGUGUGCUAAAGUCUUCUCUAAGCAGAGCUCCCUAGCCAGACACAAGUACGAACACUCAGGUGCCCGACCUUUCACCUGCGAGAUCUGUGGCAAGGCCUUCAAACACAAGCACCACCUGACCGAGCACCGCCGGCUCCACUCCGGGGAGAAACCGUUCGAGUGUAAGAAGUGUGGCAAGAGAUUCAGUCACUCCGGGUCCUACAGCCAACACAUGAACCACCGCUACAAGUACUGCAAACCGCUACGGGAAGACGGCUACUCCUCAUCGUAAAUCUCAGACACCACAAGUCCUAUAGCCAGCACAUCAACCACCACUACAACUACCGCAAGCCACCACAAGACUACUGCUGCUCUUCAGCUUAAAGCUUCACAAGGACUAUAAACACUAAAUAACUUGCUGAUGGUGUCCUUUGUAAAGUCAAAGCCGUGGCUUCUUCAGAGUCAUUUAGUUUCUUAUUAAGUUAACUGGGAGUUAUUUCCCUCUAAUUGCAGUCCACUCUGUGAUCAAAGAUUUUAACUGAAAGAUUUUGCUGCUAUAUUGCAAGUAAUUUUGCUAUGUUGUUAAGUGUUUACGAUUGUGACUAUUUCCACAUUGCUGAGAUAUUAGGUCUGAUGUUUUCUAGCUUGGUUGAAUUUGAUGUUUCCAUUCCACCUUGUUCGUUUAUUUGGCUCUUGGCAUUCCAGUGAAGUGGAACUGCACUACAUUCCUGAUUCCAUUAUAAGCCAUCUAGGUACUGAAAUUCACAAAUAGUUCAUCAAAAAUUGACAUCAUUCAUUUCUCAUCUGUAGUAUUGUAUAGUCUUCUAAGCUAGUCAUGUGAAACCAUUUCAUUUUGAGGUAUAUGAACUAAAUGCUUGUCCACAUUUUACACUACUACUAUGGUGUACGUAUAUUGUUCUUGCAAUCUUUCUUCUCCAUGACACAGCAUUUGAAUGGUGUAUGUAUAUUUUGUAUGUGAUCAUGUUUUAUACUGACUUUUAUUUUUCGUACAAGAUUUUUAUUUCUCUGAAGAGAUAGAGGGGACCAAAUGUUUGAGUAAUCUGUAUAUAUCUGAAACAAGGCAUGUAAGAAGAAUUUAAAUUGUGUUUCCAUGGUGACAAUGUUUAGUCCACCAAUCAGAUUACCUGAUACAAAUACUCAUGUUGUUACUGCUGUUGUGUUAGCUAGUCCCCUGUGUGUUGUGAUAGUUCCUAGUCCCAGAAUCCAUGUGGUAUGUUUUGAAUUAUCUAUUUCUGCAGAAAUAGAGCUGUUAUUACAGAUGUUAAGAUGUUAUUAUGCAUCUCUGUUAUCUGCAUCAAGAUCAAAGAGUGUUUUUUUUUUAAUAUUAUUGAUUUAGUAUCUAUUGAAGGAAAUGAAAUACUAUUUAUUUAUUAUGUUUUGUACUGGAUUAAGUUAACAGAAUAAUAUAAUUUAUUUUUUCUAAGUCUCUGUAGAUGCACAAGGCUGUGCUAGAAUACAGAAUGUUUCAAUACUUAUAGUGCUUCCUUUAACAUCGACUCACUUGCUUAAGGGUUAGACAGUAUAACAAUUGUAGGAGAUUAAUUUUUUUUCCAUUGAUAUUUUUUUCAGUUUCCAAAUGCAUUAGUUUUCCUCCACUUUAUGCAGUGGCACACCAAGUGUAUGACAUAUGGAAACAAGUAUAAAAUCUUUGUUGGACAUUUAUUUUCAGUCCAUUCAUUGAAAUCCAUACAGAUUUUUUGUGUGUAUAGUUAAGUUAUCAGGUACUAUUUAUAGUAGAUAGUAGAAAUGAUUGUUACUAACAUAUUUGUUAAGUGAUCUAAGAUUGGAUCUUCCAAUACAAUUCACUAUCAGUAUUUAAUGCUCUUCCAGUUUGAGGCCAUACAUGUUUUACCAUAAAGUAUUAAUGUCAUGUUAAACCAAUCAUCAUCGCUGAAUGCGUGAGAGAGAAUGUGUUUUUGAAGUAUGUUAAUUAAUUUUAUCUAAAGAUUUAGGCUUUUGUUACACCUUUAUACUUGAAUUAGAUCUAAAAUUUAUCUUUGGUAUAUUCUAAGUUUAAUGAUGAGUUAGAUCUGAAUUUGAUCUGAAAGUUAUCUUUAGUAAAUUCUUAGUUUAAUGAUUGAAUUCAGUAGCCUGAAAACUAGCAGGAAAUUCCAUCAAAUCAAACAGUUCACAAAAUAGAUAAACAAAAUCCUGAGAGGAAAAUGAAAUUGCAAUCUUAAUUUUUAUCAUGUGCCAAAUAUUUCAUCCUGCAUUUUGUGCCAAAUUCCAGUAAUUUAGGUCAUUAGAUCUAGACAUCGUGAAUUCUCCGCUGCCAAAGACCCGAAACUUUGUGUUCUCUGAUUUCCACAGACAAUCAUAUUAGUUGUCAUUUGUUUACUUUCUUUUUUAACCUUUUAUUGUGUUAACCUUUUGGGGCUGAUUUUAAUUUAUUUUUUUUUAAUUAUUGAAAUUGAUCAAAAUAUAUUUUUAGCUUUUCUUUUUUAUUGAGGAGAGAUGAUUACAUGUGUUUAUUGAAAGGCGGGAUAAAAGCAAUAGAGUGUACAGUAUUAGUCGUUGUAAUGUAGCACAGUGUCUCUAGUUCAAUCUCAUUCUAUGUGUAGCUAUAAAUUGAUAUUUUUCCUUAUUGAACUAAGGGAAAAUGAUUAUUUUUACUUUGUAAAAUUAACAGGUCAGUGAAAAGGGUGAAAAAAUGUGAUGUGUACAUUUGUAUGAUAGUGUUGAUGUUAAGAUUGUAUGUCUGUCUGUAUCUGAUGUAGAGGGUGUUAAUCACCUGUCUGUGUGUCUGUGAGUGUGUGUGCGUGUGUCGGGCUUGGCUCUCUUACCCUCAGCAUGCCGACAUCUUGCCAGUACAGUAUUAAUUCCUCCUGUGUCUUCCUUGUGCCAGCAAUAUAUCGUGCACUGCACUACGCAAAUACGAUUUAUUUACUCCGUGUAAAAAGUCCCCAGUCCUAGUCAAUCUUUUUUUUUGAUGAAUAGCAAUAUUUUUUAUCUACUGAAUGUAUCAGUAGUUAUGUAGUCCCACCAUUGAAAAAAUUUUACUAUUUAAUUGCCUAUUGAACCACAGUUAAUUUUAUUUAGUCGUGCAUUAAAACAUUAUUAAAAUGUUCAUAGUUGUUUUAACCAUGUUAUGAUUUAGGAAAUACUCAUAUUUCUAUUCCAAAUGGAAUUUUGUUAUUGGUGUUUUGACAAAAAUACUCAAUAUUUCACCAGAAACAAAAGCCCUUGAAUGUUUACUCAAAGAUAGCUUACUUCCCUAGUGCCAAACUGGGUCCACAGCUGCCAAUACCCACCAGUAUUUAUAGAUUAGCCUGCUGACUUUUGUUUUUAUGUAUAGCACAGCUAUUGUAUCUUGCCAUUAGCAGCUGAGCUAGAAAUCAAAAUUAUGUACAUAGAAUUUAGUCCCCUUGUCUGAUGUAAUAUAAUUUCUAGUGUGUCCUGCUGUUUGAUUGGAUAAUUUGAAGUGUGCUAUGAUGUUUGAUUGGUUGAUUAUUGAGAUGAUGAUUGGUUUAUACAUGGAAUUAUUCACCUGACCUCAGUAUUACUGUAACUUGCCACACAAUGGAUUGUUCAUACUUUUUUUCUGAUUUUUAACAUUUGAUGAUAUUAUUAGUAUUGACAUAAGACUGGGGGGAAAAUAUUUUUGGCAAAGGCUGCAUUUUCUUCACCUGAUGAGCUCUUCCUAACUUGAAAACUAGCAAUGGCAUUUUCUUAUAUACAUGUGUGUGUUAUUAAAGUUUAAUAUUGUCAACAUUUAUAUUUAAAACCUAGAUGUUUUGUUCAUAAUAAUGAUGCAAUGCUUGUCAGAAGAUAGCUGUACAUGUUUUAUGUUGUAAUUACAUAUAUAAAUUGCAUGAGAUGUAAAUAUCUGUGUCAUUAUUUACUUAAGCGUCAUUGUCUUCUUAUUUUUAAAAUUGAUUUAUUGCAUGUUUUACUAUAGAUUUAUUCUUAAUGUGUAUAGUUUAUUGUGAAAUAAACAAAGGGAGUUAACUCUAGUCAUAAGAUGUAUAAAUAAUGCCAGCAAUAUUGAAUAUUCAAACACUAAAGUGUAAUGCUUGCCUGUUUGAGAUGUGUCAUAAUUAUAUUUAUUUUAAUAUGUGCUUUUUAUGAUGAAACUUUUUUUUUAAUGGUUUUAUGUUCAGACAUUGCAAGAGAUUGUUUCUAGUUCAAAAUCAUCUUUCAGACUGUUUUCUCUUUACAUUCCAAUUUACACUUCAGUUUUAUUUUUAUCUAGAAAUAAAUUUUCCCCACUAAACUGCAAAGAUUUCCUUUUCCAGAUUCAGCCAUUAAUUACUUUUUAAUAGUUAUGGAUAUGAAAUCCAGAAUAUAUUUCUAGUCGUGAAUUUGCAUAAUAGACUGUAAUGCUAGAGAAGUGCCGCCCCUGUGUGUGGCCUCUUCUAGAGAAGUGCCCUGUCUGUGGCCUCUUCUUCUGUAAGAUUAGAUCAAUGUAUUGCCAUGUUCUAUGUAUCAUCAAUUCCAGUGUUCUAUGUAACCAAUAGUCAUACAAUAAAAAACAUUCAAACUGCA